GCUCAACAUUAUCAAGCUGUUAAUACUGAAUAUAAGCUUUAAUUAGGAAAUGAGAAAUAUCAAUUUAUUAUUAUUACUACUGGUAUUUAUACUAACAGCAACAUUUCCAUUUACAAGGACAACUGACGCUGAAGAUGAUUACUACGGCAAAAAUGAGAAACUCUUCUACGAUGAUGAUGAUGAUGAUGAGGAUGAUGAGGAUGAUGAGGAUGAUGGAGAUGAUAGCGCUGGUGAAGACAAUAACAAAUCCUAUGGUCUACACUAUUCCUAUAGUAAUCCAUCGGGAUACUCAGAUGGCCAGAAAGUAAAUACAUCAAAACCGAGCAGCAGUAAUAUGACCAGUAGUAAGCGUUACUAUCAAAAGAAGCCUAUUAUCAUGCAUAAAUAUGGUAAAGUUAUGUCACUUGGUGAUACAGUGAAAGACAAACGGUAUUCAGAAACUACAGAUUUUAAAAUACGUGUUGGUACAGAUAGAUAUGGUCGAAGAAGAGAUUAUUCACGAUUUAAAACCUAUGGAAGAUCUAAUGACCACAGGGGAAAUAUGCUGGCCAAUGCCUUCGAUAUAUUUGGUAGAGGAUAUUCAGAGAAAAGGUACAAGCAUAAAGAUUCAAUAAAAAAGGAGAACAAAAAAGAAAAGUUAUUCGCUGACUCCGACCAUUCAUCUCAAAGUGUUACUCUGAACGCAUCAAUGCCUGCUGAUCAACUACAGAAUCCUAUGGAUGGGUGA